AAGCCGGGGAGCUCAGCGGCGGGGACCCGCGGGGACGUCCCCCGCUCGGAGCUCAGCCGAGCGAGAGAGGACUCUGCGAGCCAUGCUCGCGGCUGUGGGCUCCCUGGUGGCCACCGUCUGGGCAGUGCUCCAUCUCCGCACGGUCCUGCUGGGUGCCGUCGCCUUUCUGUUCUUUGCCGAUUUCCUCAAAAGACGGCGUCCCAAGAACUACCCGCCCGGCCCCCUACCCCUGCCCUUCGUGGGCAACUUCUUCCAUCUGGACUUUGAGCAGUCGCACCUGCAGCUUCAGCGGCUUGUGGAGAAAUAUGGAAACAUUUUGAGCCUGCAGCUCGGUGACAUGUCUUUCGUUCUUGUAACUGGAUUGCCCUUGAUCAAAGAAGUCCUUGUCGACCAGAACCAAAGCUUUGUAAACCGCCCUAUAACUCCCAUCCGAGAACGCAUCUUUAAGAACAGUGGAUUGAUCAUGUCCAAUGGCCAGAUUUGGAAGGAGCAAAGAAGGUUCACCCUGACAACCCUGAAGAACUUUGGUCUAGGAAAGAAGAGCUUAGAUGAAUGCAUUCAGGAGGAGGCCCGUAACCUCAUCCAGGCGAUAAAAGAGGAAAAUGGACAGCCUUUUAACCCUCACUUCAAGAUGAACAAUGCAGUUUCCAAUAUUAUUUGCUCUAUCACCUUCGGGAAACGCUUUGACUACGAGGAUGAACAGUUUCAGGAGCUGCUGAGGUUGCUGGAUGACGUCACCUUUCAGGAGGCAUCAAAGAGAUGCCAGCUCUACAAUAUAUUUCCAUGGAUUAUGAAGUUUCUUCCUGGACCCCACCAAACACUCUUUCGCAACUGGGAGAAACUGAAAUUGUUCGUUGCUCAUGUGAUUGAAAACCACAAGAGAGACUGGAAUCCUGACCAAACAAGAGAUUUUAUUGAUGCUUACCUCAAGGAGAUAGAAAAGAAUAAGGGCAAUGCGACUUCAAAUUUCCACGAAGAAAACCUCAUCUACAGCACCCUGGACCUCUUCUUUGCUGGAACCGAGACGACUUCCACGACACUGCGCUGGGGUCUGCUCUACUCGGCCUUGUACCCAGAAAUCCAAGAAAAGGUCCAAGCCGAGAUCGACAGGGUGAUUGGCCAGUCGCAGAUGCCAAGUACAGCUGAUCGAGAGUCCAUGCCCUACACCAAUGCCUUCAUCCACGAGGUGCAAAGAAUGGGAAAUAUCAUCCCCCUCAACGCGCCCAGGGAAGUGACAGGUGACACCACUCUUGCUGGAUACUACCUGCCCAAGGGAACUGUGAUCAUGACCAACCUGACUGCACUGCACACGGACCCAGCAGAAUGGGCCACCCCUGACACAUUCAAUCCGGAGCACUUCCUCGAGAAUGGACAGUUUAAGAAAAGGGAAUCCUUUCUGCCUUUCUCAGUAGGAAAGCGGGUGUGCCUUGGAGAACAGUUGGCCAAGUCUGAGCUGUUUAUUUUCUUCACUUGCCUUCUGCAAAAUUUCACCUUCAGGGCCCCUGACAAUGAGAAGUUGAGUCUGAAGUUCAGAGCAGGCAUCACGGUCUCCCCAGUCAGCCACCGCCUCUGUGCAGUCCCUCGUUCCUGAAGUUGUCAGGGAGGGAGAGCAGAAGGCACUGGCGCCUGCUCAGAAUGAAGGUGACAGAAUGAAAAGUGACUCUGAGGGGCGAUCACAGGAAUUGGACCCAGGAAGCUCCGUGCAAAUCCCAGCUUUGCCGUCUCCUCCAAGGGAGCCUUGAGCAGAUCUUUUAUGUUGUGAAUGAUUUACCUCUGUGACAGGAGAUGAAAAGCAAAUAAUGAUUCUAGCUCUAAAGGAAGAACUGUUGUAAUAAUCAGAGGGAGAAUGGACUUUGAGUGAUUUAGAAACCACGAAGCUUAUCAUAAAAGUUCUAGCUGAAAUCUGCCUCUUUCCUGCUCGCUUCCUUAGACAUGGAUUUGCUUCUGGCCUGUGGAGGUGGCUCAGGUCAAUGUGGUGCCAAAUGGUUGGUAAGAGAAUGUGGACCCUGGGGCACCAGACGCUGGCCACAGUGAGCUCACACACGGUAGCGCUGGGCAAGCAUUAUCUUGCUCAGCCCUGAGAAUGGCCCUCUGGCCAGUUAGCAGGGCAGCUAUCACCCCUAUUUAUAGGCAGGUUUUUAAGCAGCAGCAGUUUGUAAGGUUUAAGUAAAGAAACACUACCUUGGCCUUGAACUCAGGAGCAAGGAGGGCAUGACCACUGUCAACUAAACCUGGGGAACAGGUUUGGGAAACAAUGUGGAAUUAUCUUCUGUCUUUGAGGGCAACUCUUGGCCUUAAUUCCUCUGUCAGGCAUUUAUUCUCAAGCUGUUCACCUUGGAUUUAACUAUGUGGUAGGUGUGAACUUUUCUUGCAAGUAGAUGGGUCAGCUUUUGAAGGGUAAAUAUUACCAGCCUAAACUCAACUGAGCCCUGGUACAGUUUAUAGUAGGGAACCAGAAAUGCCACACUCCUGCUCAGUCCUUCUGAGGGGAGACAAUGGCCUUACAGUGGGAAACCAGGUAACAUGAAUGGGCCAUGGAGUUUUGAUCCCAACCCCAAUGCAAACAAACACAAACACCUGGCAAACUGGAUUAAACCACAUAGAUCUUUUUUUCUCUAAGGUAGAGACACAUGUAUGCUUCUGCCUGCUCUUUUGGAACUCUGCUACCACCACUUAAUCAUGCUCCUGGUACCCUGAUGAUGAGAAACACGUGGCCCAGGCAUCGCUGUGAUGUCGCCCUGGCUGCCAGCUAGUCAACCACCAGAGCUAUGCUAAGAGCCUCGGACAUGAGCUGGAUCUAAGCACAUCCAGCAGCUGAAUGCGCAUGCAUGAGGCAUCCCAGCUCAGACAAGAAUUGCCCAACUGAACUCAGCCUAAAUUGCUCACCUUAGGUUUGUGAGUUAAAUGGUUGUUGGAAGGAAGCUACUAUGUUCUCAGGGGUAUUGUGAUACAACAAGAGUUAAUACAUUCCUUCAGGGCAGGAACAGUAUCUGUCUUGUUUAAGAACAGUGUCUGGAAUAUAAUAGGGCUCAAUAUAGUGAAUUAGUGGAUAAAAUAAGGUAGAAUAACCUUUCACUCCAAAUCAGUUCUCCGCACUGCCUCUGUCCUUGUCACCUCAUUCUAAUGACCUAUUUCUCAGUCCUCAGGCCAACCUCUGUUAUAAUCCUGUAGGAACACAGUAGAGAAGUACAGGCUUGUUCUUACCUCACUGUUUCCUUCCAUUUCCUACAUGGCUUUCUGGGAUGGGACCACCUAUUCCUCUUCCCCAGGCUUAAUUCUCAAGAAUGGACUGAGAUCCAUGGAUGGGUAUUUUGUACUGUCUGGUUCAUGUUGUGUUUUUGUACAUUCACCAUGAACUACAUGUUCUGCUCUGAAAAGCUAAGAACUUUGCCCUGUGUUUUUGAAGCGGAUAAGAAAUUAAACUAAGCAAGAAUAAAGGGUCAA